GAAGGAGCGCAAUACAUACUAGAUGAUAUUUUGAUAUAAAAAACUCAUUAAACACUAAAUUAUAUAAAUAUAAUAAUACUCCUUGAUAAAAAUCUGAAGAUCGAAUAAAAGUAACUAGUAUUUACAUCUUUAAAAAUUAAAUUACUAAUUUUAAAGUCUGGAAUUUGCUGUCGGGAUAUUCUUGGUAAUGCCUGACUAUCCUGUAUCUCGAAAUGGUUAUGUUACAAUAUUUAACAUCAAGUGUAAAGUAAUUUCUUGCGCGUUGCAUUUUGUUUGUUGGAAAUCGGAGCGAGUGACCAAGACAUAAAAUGAAAAUCCGCUGCAAUUUCUCGCUUUUGUUUGCCGCUAAAGUAAACUAAAAAUCCAUUUCAAACUGACAUAUUUUGCAAAUAGAAAGCCGCGUAAAAGGAAGCUCCUGCGAGAUUUCUAUGUUUAUUCAAACCCAAGUUCUUAACCGUGUUCAAAAGUCUAUUAAUUUUGUUACGAUACGAGAAGUUUCUUUGAGCUAACAAACCGAUCUUGAGCACAAGUAGAAAACCGCGUUAUAUUUACGUAGUUUUUGAAUUAAAGUUAAAUUUUGUUCAGCUUUGCAAACAAUAUUAGAAAAGCCGCCUUCUGGAAUUCUACAGUCGAAGAUCCUCCUCUCCACCCACACAUCUUCGGAUGGAAGAUACAUAUAGGCGACUUUAAACCACUGGGCAUUACAACAGCUAGUCCUUUCUUCAGGAACCCACUAUCGGAGAUUCUUCUCACGAACUGUCCGAGAAGUCAAAGAAGAGCUGUCGAGUAUGAAAGAAAAUUUGAAACUGAUAGUGGUGACCAUCAUAUAUGGGCUCCUAGUUUCUGAAGUAUGGGCACUUCCAGUUACUGCACCCCAAAAUGAUUUCCCUGGAUUCGAUAUAUUUGAAGAAAACCAGUUUGAUGGUCUUAGCGAAGAUUUUGGAACAUUUGAAAUAAAUGACAUUGCUAUUGAUGAAUUUGGUAUUACUAGUCUACAACUAGGAGAUGAAAAUAGACUAGUCCAGUCAACAUUUUUAAAAACCUCCGAAACGAAUGGCGAUGAAUUAGACGAAAUAUUCGACCUUGACCUUUCAGAAAACGACGAAGAAUUUAGUGAUUUCCUAAAAGACACAAAUGUAAACGAAAAGGGAGAUAUUUUUGCAUCAGAAGAUUUAUCAUGGAUAACAACGGAUAUUUCAGAAGACCAAUAUCAUGAAUUUUCUACUUUAGCCAAAACCAGCUUUGAUGUUUCCACAAAUACAGAAACGUCUGUAUCAGGCGAAAUUUCCAAUUCUGCAGGUUUUGAUACAUCUGCUUCAACAAGCAUAGAUGUAUCUGGCUCAGAAAAAGAGGAUAAUUCCGUUAGUGCUGAUGCAUCUGCAUCUGAAAGUGUUGAUGGUUCGGUAUCUGCAUCCUUUAGUACUGAUAUCUCAGAUGCUGAAAUUUCUGCAUCGACAUCUACUUCUGCUGACACUUCGGCUGAUUUCACUACCAGCGUAUCGCAAGAUGUCAGUACGAGCACAUCGGAAGAGAUCAGUACCAGCGCAUCAAGUCAUUUCAGUGCUAGCGUUUCGGAAGACACCAGUACCAGCGCAUCGGCUGAUUUCAGUGCAUCGGCUGACUUUAGUGCCGGCGCAUCCGAGGACACCAGUGCUUCGACUGACUUCAGUGCCAGCGAGUCCGCGGAUUACAGUGCUUCGGAGGACACCAGUACCAGCGCAUCGACUGAUUUCAGUGAAUCGGCUGACUUGAGUGCCAGCGCAUCCGCGGAUUACAGUGCUUCGGAACACACCAGUACCAGAGCAUCGGCUGAUUUCAGUGAAAGCGCAUCGGCUGAUUUCAGUGAAAGCGCAUCGGCUGAUUUCAGUGAAAGCGCAUCGGCUGAUUUCAGUGAAAGUGCAUCGGCUGAUUUCAGUGAAAGCGCAUCGGCUGAAUUUAGUGAAUCGGCUGACUUCAGUGCCAGCGCGUCCGCGGAUUACAGUGCUUCGGAAGACACCAGUACCAGCGCAUCGGCUGAUUUCAGUGAAUCGGCUGACUUGAGUGCCAGCGCAUCCGCGGAUUACAGUGCUUCGGAACACACCAGUACCAGCGCAUCGGCUGAUUUCAGUGAAAGCGCAUCGGCUGAUUUCAGUGAAAGCGCAUCGGCUGAUUUCAGUGAAAGCGCAUCGGCUGAUUUCAGUGAAAGCGCAUCGGCUGAUUUCAGUGAAAGCGCAUCGGCUGAUUUCAGUGAAAGCGCAUCGGCUGAUUUCAGUGAAAGCGCAUCGGCUGAUUUCAGUGAAAGCGCAUCGGCCGACUUCAGUGCCAGCGCAUCGGACCACAUCAGUGCUUCAGCUGACUUCAGCGCCAGCGCAUCGGCUGACUUCAGUGCAUCCGCUGAUUUCAGUGCCAGCGCAUCGGAACACAUCAGUGCUUCAGCUGACUUCAGCGCCAGCGCAUCGGCUGACUUCAGUGCAUCCGCUGAUUUCAGUGCCAGCGCAUCGGUUGAUUUCAGUGCUUCGGCUGACUUCAGUGAAAGCGCGUCGACUAAAUUCAGCGCGAGUGCAUCAGCUGACAUCACCGCUUCGGCUGACUUCAGUGCCAGCGCAUCCGCAGACAUCAGUGCAUCGACUGACUUCAGUGCCAGCGCAUCGGCUGACUUUAGUGCCAGCGCAUCGGCAGACUUCAGCGCCAGCGCAUCCGCAGACAUCAGUGCGUCGGCUGACUUUAGUGCCAGCGCAUCCGCCGACAUCAGUGCAUCGGCUGACUUCAGUGCCAGCGCAUCCGCGGACAUCAGCACAUCGGCUGACUUCAGCGCCAGCGCAUCAGCUGACAUCAGUGCUUCGGCUGACUUCAGUGCCAGCGCAUCCGCAGACAUCAGUGCUUCGGCUGACUUUAGUGCCAGCGCAUCGACUGACAUUAGUGCUUCCGCAGACUUCAGUGCCAGCGCAUCAGCGGACAUCAGUGCUUCGGCUGACUUCAGUGCCAGCGCAUCGGCUGACUUCAGCGCCAGCGCAUCAGGUGACAUAAGCGCUUCGGCUGACUUCAGUGCCAGCGCAUCCGCAGACAUCAGUGCUUCGGCAGACUUCAGCGCCAGCGCAUCCGCGGACAUCAGUGCUUCGGCUGACUUCAGUGCCAGCGCAUCGGCUGACUUCAGCGCCAGCGCAUCAGCUGACAUCAGCGCUUCGGCUGACUUAAGUGCCAGCGCAUUCCGCUAGCUC